CCUAAAUCCUCAAUCUCAUACAUACUUUUCUCUUUUUACGAAUUUCAUUCUUAAUUAUUUUGCUGUUUAAAAUAUCUCCUGCAUCGAAAUUAGAAGCCACCAAACCAAAAACAACCAAACUUUCAACUUCACACAUGGAAGAAAAUUCUUCCGAUGAGAUCCGAGCUCCGCUCAUACAACCUGUCUACAACGACGGAGAUGCCUCUCUUCCGUCAUCCUCGUCACCGUCGGACAUGACAGGACUGAAGAAGAUGGAGGAGGAGGAGAAUUCUCCGAUCAAGCAGGUGGCGUUGACCGUACCUACCACCGACGAUGCAUCCCUUCCAGUUCUCACCUUCCGAAUGUGGGUCCUUGGGACGCUUUCAUGCGCCCUUUUAUCUUUCCUCAACCAGUUCUUCUGGUACCGAACCGAGCCUCUUAGCAUCACCGCCAUCUCCGCUCAGAUCGCCGUCGUUCCACUCGGUCAACUCAUGGCGGCCAGAAUCACUGAUCGUGUGUUCUUCAAAGGGUCACGUUGGGAGUUCACCAUGAACCCCGGCCCAUUCAAUGUGAAGGAACAUGUGUUGAUCACCAUAUUUGCAAACUCGGGAGCAGGGACUGUGUAUGCGAUUCACGUGGUUACAGGUGUGAAGAUCUUCUACAAACAGCAGAUGACUUUCUUUGUAUCAUUGAUCGUUGUUCUUACCACUCAGGUGCUGGGGUUUGGAUGGGCUGGAAUAUUCAGAAGGUAUCUGGUGGAGCCAGCUGAGAUGUGGUGGCCAUCUAAUCUCGUCCAAGUUUCGUUGUUCAGGGCUUUACAUGAGAAAGAAAAACGACCCAAAGGGGGAUUAACACGUACCCAAUUCUUCCUGAUUGCCUUCAUUUGUAGCUUCGCAUACUACAUAUUCCCUGGUUAUCUUUUCCAAAUGUUAACGUCUCUCUCAUGGGUCUGUUGGAUCUUCCCUUCAUCAAUCAUGGCCCAACAAAUAGGAUCCGGACUCCAUGGGCUUGGAAUAGGUGCUAUUGGGCUCGAUUGGUCCAGUAUCUCUGCAUACCUCGGAAGCCCAUUAGCAAGCCCAUGGUUCGCCACCGCCAAUGUCGCCGCCGGUUUCUUCAUGGUCAUGUAUAUCGUCACUCCCCUCGCCUACUGGUUCAACAUCUACAACGCCAAGAACUUCCCCUUCUUCUCCGAUGGCCUAUUCACCGCCGACGGCCAAGAAUACAACAUUACAGCCAUCAUCGACGAAAAUUUUCACUUCGAUAACGACGCUUAUCAGAAAGAAGGUCCUCUCUAUCUUAGCACUUUCUUCGCCAUGACUUAUGGCGUCGGAUUCGCUGCUCUCUCCUCCAUGGUCGUUCAUGUCUUUCUGUUCCAUGGAAGUGAGAUAUGGGAGCAAAGCAGAUCGAGUUUCAAAGAUAGAAAAAUGGAUAUACACACAAGACUCAUGAGCAAAUACAAACAGGUUCCUGAAUGGUGGUUCUGGUGUAUACUCGUUGUGAACAUUAGUCUCACUGUAUUCGCUUGCGAGUAUUACAACGAUCAGCUCCAGUUGCCAUGGUGGGGUGUCAUUUUAGCUUGUGCGAUAGCCAUUUUCUUCACUCUCCCAAUCGGCAUUCUCACAGCCAUUACUAACCAGGCUCCAGGAUUGAACAUCAUCACAGAAUAUAUAAUCGGGUACAUUUAUCCAGGAUAUCCAGUCGCUAAUAUGUGUUUCAAGGUGUACGGCUACAUCAGCAUGACGCAAGCAGUGACUUUCCUGCAAGAUUUCAAGCUGGGACAUUACAUGAAGAUCCCACCAAGAUCUAUGUUCAUGGCACAGAUUGUGGGAACCCUGAUAGCGGCGUUAGUGUACUUAUGCACUGCAUGGUGGUUAAUGGAGACGAUUCCGGACAUCUGUACACCGGCAUCUGACGUGUGGACUUGCCCAAGUGACCACGUGUUCUACGAUGCUUCAGUGAUAUGGGGUUUGAUUGGUCCACGGAAGAUCUUUGGAGACCAAGGAACCUACACCAUGAUCAACUGGGCUUUUCUGAUGGGAGCAAUAGCUCCGGUGCUGGUGUGGUUUGCCCACAGGGCUUUUCCGACGCAACAUUGGAUCACACUGAUAAACAUGCCGGUGUUGAUUGGUGCAACGGGGAGUAUGCCACCGGCUACGGCGGUGAACUACACAGCUUGGAUAUUUGUAGGGUUUUUAUCGGGAUUUGUGAUGUUUAGAUAUAGGCCGGAUUUGUGGCAACGUCAUAAUUAUGUGUUGUCAGGGGCGUUGGAUGCAGGGUUGGCGUUUAUGGGAGUGUUGUUGUAUCUUUGUUUAGGGUUGGAGAACAUUAGUUUGGAUUGGUGGGGGAAUGAUCUUGAUGGCUGCCCUCUAGCGUCUUGCCCUACAGCUCCUGGUGUUUUCGUGGACGGUUGCCCUGCUUUGCAAUACUGAAUGAAUCUGAGGUUGUUUAUCCAAAUCCCAUCAAAUGAUGUGUUUAUGUGAAUCCAAUGUUUACAAACCUGUGAUUUAAUUUGCUCCAUCAGUUCAUACAUUCCUUUAUAUAUCAUGACACAAUUUGGUGUCCUGUUAAGACGGUUGACAAUGUAAUUAAAUUAUUUAUUAUUGUUAGAUAUUUAUGUA